UAGAAUCGGAAUUUAAUAUUUGCAGACAACCAUCCCCUUUCGGGUGGAGCCAGAAAAGUGGCAUAAUUUUGUUUAAAGAUCCGACUCCCGACAUUUGUACAUCAACGGUUCAUAUCUGCUGAUUUAAAUCCGACGGUUUAGAAUUAUCAGCACGAUCAAAUCUGAGCCGUUGGAUUAGAAUCCAUUCGUAAAUAAAAAUACGCAACUUUUUCCACUUAUUUUCUAUUCUACCACUUUGUUUAGUUAUUUUAAUUUUAAUCUCGGCUACGAGUUUCUGGGUAAUGAUAAUUAAGCUUUUUUCUGCUUUAAUGGAAGGACCUUGACACUUCUCUCUCUCUUUCUCUUUGCUAUUCAUCUUCUACAGUUUCUUAAAAAUUAUACUCUUCUUCUCCAAAAUAUCUCAGACUCUCUUAUUUUUGAUCGUCUUCUUCUUCUUCGUUGUGAGCUUCCAUUUUUCAUCCAGGAUUUGUUUUUUCCGUUUGAGGUAAAGCAGCUUUGCAGUUAAAGAAACCUUGAGUAUCCAAUGUCCCCGGAAGAGGAGCUACAGAGCAAUGUAUCGGUGGCUAGUUCUUCACCUACUAGCAAUUGCAUCUCCAGGAACACUCUAGGAGGACUUAAAGAGCAUAACUACUUGGGUCUCUCUGAUUGUUCUUCUGUUGGAAGCUCUACUCUCUCUCCCCUUGCUGAAGAUGACAAAGCUACUAUCAGCCUCAAGGCUACGGAGCUGACACUUGGUCUUCCUGGAUCACAAUCUCCUGCGAGAGACACAGAGCUUAACCUUUUGAGCCCAGCAAAGCUAGAUGAGAAGCCAUUCUUUCCUUUGCUUCCUUCUAAAGAUGAGAUAUGCUCCUCCUCGCAAAAGAACAAUGCAUCGGGAAACAAAAGAGGCUUUUCUGACACAAUGGAUCAGUUUGCUGAAGCUAAAAGUUCAGUGUAUACUGAGAAAAACUGGAUGUUCCCUGAAGCAGCAGCCACCCAGUCUGUAACAAAGAAAGAUGUGCCACAAAACAUACCCAAAGGACAGUCUAGCACUACAAACAAUAGCUCUAGUCCACCUGCAGCCAAGGCACAAAUUGUCGGUUGGCCUCCAGUGAGAUCCUACAGGAAGAACACAUUGGCCACUACUUGUAAGAACAGUGACGAAGUUGAUGGGAGGCCAGGUUCUGGGGCUCUCUUCGUGAAGGUCAGUAUGGAUGGUGCUCCUUAUCUGAGGAAAGUUGACCUGAGGAGCUACACUAACUACGGGGAGCUUUCUUCAGCCUUGGAGAAAAUGUUCACCACUUUCACUCUUGGUCAAUGUGGAUCUAAUGGAGCUGCUGGGAAGGAUAUGCUUAGUGAGACCAAGCUCAAGGAUCUUUUGAAUGGAAAAGACUAUGUGCUCACUUAUGAGGAUAAGGAUGGUGACUGGAUGCUUGUUGGAGAUGUUCCGUGGGAGAUGUUUAUUGAUGUCUGCAAGAAGCUGAAGAUAAUGAAAGGGUGUGAUGCUAUUGGGUUAGCUGCAGCUCCGAGAGCAAUGGAGAAAUCGAAGAUGAGAGCUUAAAAGAUGGAACAUGACAAAGCUUUCUAACUAUACAAAAUAUGUGCGAUCUUUUGGUGGUGUUUUUAAAUUUCAAAACAUCAAUAUCUUUAGUUUCUGAAUUUUUAAAAUGAAGUAAGUAAGACUACGAAUGUAAGGAAAUGAAGAAGAAUUAAAAAUGAUCUAUUUUUGUUGUUUGUUUGUUGCUUUAGUCAGUAAACUGGUCGUUGUUUUAUGUUUUGUGUUUGAUUUGGAUGUGUGGUUGACUUCUACCUUUGAGAUAUUAUUUGAUGUAACGUUUUUGUUAUUCUCUUCUUUGCUUCUUCUCGAGAAGAGAAGAUAGACAAUCCGGUUUUACGAUUUGGCUUUCUAUCAUUGAACAUGGAGGUUCUUCUUCUGCAUUUGCAAAACAAUCUUAAAUAUUAAUCAGUACU